CUUGUGGAAUACCAUUCCUAAUCGACAAAAAAUUUCGCAAAAUCACUCCCGCAAAGCUGCUUAAGCUUAACGACCAGCAAGGAUGAUUCACCUAUGUCGAACCGCGAUGAAAUGCACCCGCCGAGUGGAAGUCGGUAGGCUAGAUCGACGGAUGCCUUUGGCGUUUUUCGACUUGCCAAAGCAUUUCUCGGCCGAAGCUUCGGAUUCGGGCUCCGCUGUUUCGAACGAGCAGCUCUUCCAAAUCCCCAAACCAGGUGUGGUUUAUGGGCGACUAACCAAUAUCUCCAAAUACACAAAUAAGAGAGAUGUACUCAAUUUGCUUGAGUCUGGCUUGAGACCUGAGAAUCUCAAAGUUGAAUACAACCGAUCAUAUUUUCCGACAUCAAUGAUCGUUGAAUUUCCUUCACAAUCAGCUUAUGAUGAUGCUGUGAGGACCAUUGGUAGAAAGGGUCGAUUUCUUAACAUGUCAAGGGCUGAUAAAUCUCAGUGGGAUACUAUCACUCCUCAUGAUGGGAGAGCGAUUUUAUUGCUCGGGAUCCCUCAGAAUGCAUUGAUUGAUGACAUUGAGCGCUUCCUUUCUGGUUGUCAAUAUGAUUCAACCUCCACUCGAUUGUUUGUUAGGCCAGUAGAUCAAGGAGGUGUUGUUAGAAUGGCAGUUGUCUGGUGUGGAUCCCAGGCUGCUGCAAUGCAUGCUUACAUUACCAAGAACCGCGGCUUUUGCCUCAACAACCAAAUUUCCCUACAAAUCCUCCAUUAGCUUUUUAAAAAUUUCCCGGAUUCUGCUGGCUAUUGUUAGCCUGCAUCUGAAUUUAUAUGAUUUAGUUUUAUACGAUUAUUACUGUCAUGGCAUGUCAUGUUAGGCAGUUAGUUCUCUUGCUCGAUUCUAACAGCAUAAUAAGAUUCUUGAGAAAAUUGCAACUUGUUGAUCAAGCCUGUGCGGUGCUGACUUCAUAAUUUUGUCUUGUAAAAUUUGAAUAUAUUGCAUUUGCUUGCUAUUA